AUGGCAUGCGCAAAACCCAUGCGCACUACCCCACUACUGCCAGAAAUGGCCAGUUCAAUUCCUUCGUCGGAAGCGGACAGCCAUGCUGAAGGCGCCGACUCGGAGAGAGGCGGAGAAGGUGUACCAGACCUCCAGGAACAGGCGUCUGAAGGAGCUGGUGACAGAGGUUCCAUCCAAGCUGAAACAGACAAAAGGAGUCGGUCAAGCGAAGUCAAAAUCUAUGGAUAUAUCUAA